AUGCAAGACGGGAGUUGGAAUCAGCCACUCCCCAUCUCGCUGCUGCUGAAGGACCCGGCCGGAGGCGGGACUUUGGAGGGCGAUGGGGGAGUGUAUUCAGAGGCAUCCUCUGAUGGGGAACUCUACAUGGACUCCAUGACAGAGCUGGAUUCUGGAGAUGGGGACUUUGCAGAUCUUACUGCCUUCUUGAGUGUAGAUGAGAUUAAUCGUAGCCUGGACCUGGCCCGGGAGGCCUUUGGAACCACAUUUGAAUCUGAAGAUCCAGGUCCUCCUAAUCCUACUUCCCAGGAGCAGGCUCUCCAACCUAUUCCCUCCCACCCUCUGCCUACCCAGACUACUGAAAACCUCACCACGAGCCUAAACUUACAACACCAGACCAAAGCCCCCAGCCCAGGUGAUAAUGCAGCAGUUAAAGUCUCCUCUGGUUCGACUUCCCCCCUCAGUAAGCCUGCACAGGUGUCCAAUGAGGCUCCGUUCUCUAUUGAGAAGGUUGUCCACCACAAACCCAUUCAGCCGAUUUAUAAGCAGGAUAAACCCAGGCUGGUUCAUGAAGGCCUGGAGCUGAAUGAUCGGGCGUCUUCAGCCACAGAAUUCUGUAGCCGAGCUGCCACCUUCAUCGAGGAGCUGUCAUCCAUCUUCAAAGGUCCUGCUCAUUUAGAGCAGCAGGUGGAGGAGGACUCCUCCUCUCCUGAUAGUGGUUAUCUGUCUCCUAAAAGCCAGCGGCCAGUCCCUCAGGGAUCAGUCUCUGUUCCCUCACUGCCUCCCAGCCAGCAAGAGCAGACACAUUACAGUCAGCCAGCCAUGGGCCCUCAGCCUGGAGGCCCGGUGGGAGUGGCAGAUUCUGCAAGGCACCAACACUCUGGAGCUCCAACCACAUCUGGACCCCUGUCCCCUCCGUGCUUCCUCCAGAAGCUGAAGAGUCAGGAGGUGGCAGAGGGGAGCCCCAUCCGUCUGGAAUGCCGAGUUACAGGAAACCCUCAGCCACUUGUCAGGUGGUUUUGCGAAGGCCGUGAGCUGCUCAGCUCUCCUGACAUACAGAUCUGUAGGGAUGAUGACCUGCACACACUGGUGAUUGCUGAAGCCUUUGAGGACGACACAGGACGCUACACCUGCGUGGCCUCCAACAGUCUCGGAGCAGACAAUACCUCCGCUGAGGUUUACAUUGAAGGAGCUUCAUCAUCAGACUCAGAAGGGGAAAGUGCAUCAAAGUCCAGAUCAGGAACCAUGCCUCAAGUGCAGAAGAAGACCACUUCGAUGUCCCUGACAAUACGCUCAUCAUCACCCAAAACCACCGAUGUCCUUCCUCAUCGCUCCACACUGGUCCAGUCCCUGUCUCAGCCUCCGCAGCGGAUGCAGAGCCCAGUGUCGUCACUGUAUGCUGCUGAUGUGUCAGGUCCUCCUAUAUUCACCAAGCUGUUGCAGGAUGCCCAGGCAUCUGAGGGCCAGGUGGUUGUUUUGGAGUGCAGGGUCCGAGGAAGUCCUCCUCUACAGGUCAGGUGGUACCGCCAGGGAGAGGAGAUUAUGGACUCCCCAGAUUUCCGUAUUCUCCAGAAAAAGCCUCGAUCUGCAGCUGAGCCAGAGGAAAUCUGCACUCUGGUUAUUGCUGAGGCCUUUCCCGAGGAUGGAGGUCUGUUCUGCUGCACUGCCUCCAACCCAUACGGCUCCAUUAACAGCACAGCCAAACUCUCCGUCACUGCAGCAGCUGAGGACUCAUCCAGUAACGGCAUGUCUGGUGAUAGCUCCGGGUUUGAAGAUGCGGCAGCCUUCCCCCCUCCUCCUCCCCCACCCACAGAGAUCAGCCUCCUGGAGCUGCCACCCAAGAUGCUGCCUCAGCCCAACACUGAGGCUUUUCAUAUCAAGGAGCUGGAGAUCUGGCCCAGUGUGUCAGCCCUGCCUCCUGUACACUUGGGCUCAGAGGUGGAGGAUAAGGAGAAAGGGUCUGUACAGAAUGGCCAACCCCCACAUCCUCCUUCAUUUUCAACCCUGCCUAAAGAGACCAUACCACCACCCCCACCUGCUCCUGCACCUCUGCCCCAUUAUGACCCCAUGACAGAUGUCCAAAGUCCGGCCCCUGCGGCACCAGACUCACCUUCAACCCCAGAAAAGCUGUCUCCAUCUCCUGCGAAGGAAGGUCCUCCUCUACCUACCAAGCCUAAACCAAAGCUGAACGCCACUCAGCUGAAGCAGCUGCAGGACCAGAUUCUUUUGGAGCAGCAGGAAGCAGCCAACUGGCAGCAAGAGCAGCAGGAGCAGCAAGGCCAGGAAGUCCCGCCACCAGACCCACAACCACCUCAGGAAGUGCCUCCACCAGCUCCAUCAACUCCACCUCUCCCCCCUCCUCCCUCCUUCCAGGAGUUGGAGAGCAACGCAACCAUGCAGGCCAGCACCUUCAACUACGCCCGGCCCAAGCAGUUCAUCGCUGCUCAGAGUCCCGGCGGGGCUGGUUUCGUCACCCAGUCCUCAGGCUCCUCAGGGUCCAGCCUGUCCUCCCCCAUGUCUCCUCCCACCUCACACAAGCCCUUCACCAGGGUCACCAUGCCCCCUUUCACCAAGGCCGGCAGCCUGGAUUCCCCGAGCUCUCCUUCUUUCCCGCCUCCGCCACCGCCCUUCCUGAGCUCCAGUAACCUGCCCUCUCCAUCAGGCUCCGCCCAAGACUUCCCUCCUCCACCACCUCCACCCCCUCCACCCAUGCCCAUGUCUCCAGCCCUCUCAGAUAUGUCGUCGCCGUUCUCCUCCGUCCCUCCGUCUCCAGCCUCCAGCUUCCUGUCCUCAGUGUUGCCCGCCACGCCUUCCUCACCCGGCAGUCCUACAGUUAAUGCCCUGGGCCUCCCUAAAGGCAACGGGACUGUGAAAGCGUUCCCGAGAAAGUCCUCGGUCACCAAGACGCCUCGCUUGGCCUCUGACUCAGACAUCCAGGGAUCCAAGGAUGCUGUCAUCCAGGACUUGGAGAGAAAACUGCGCUUUAAAGAGGAGCGCAUAAGCAAUGGUCAACAGAGGUUAACCUAUGAGGAGAAGAUGGCUCGCAGACUGCUGGGUGCUGACAACGCUGCCACAGUCUUAAACACACAGGACACAGAGGAGGAGCCACAGGUCACACAGGUACGGUGGUUCUUUUUUCAAGGAUCCAUAUAUUCACCUGAAAUCACACAGGCAUGGAAAUGUUUGACCAACAUGUCUACACCUCAACAGGCAGACUACUCAUCAGAUAGAGAAUCUUUCCCUCAAAAGGAGUACAAGGUGUCCAGCUUUGAGCAGCGCCUCAUCAGUGAGAUUGAAUUCCGUCUGGAGCGCUCUCCGGUGGAGGAGUCGGACGACGACGUACAGCAUGACGAGGACUCUGCCGGCCGGGGGGUGGCACCCUCCUUCAACCAGAAGCUCAAACACUUCAAAGUCUUUGAGGGCAUGCCCGUCACCUUCUCCUGCAAGGUUAACGGAGACCCCAAACCAAAGGUGUACUGGUUUAAAGAUGGCAAGCAGAUCUCCAAGAGGAGCGAGCACUACAGGAUCAGCCGUGACCCUGAUGGAACCUGCUCUCUGCACACAGCUGCAGCCUCGUUGGAUGACGAUGGCAACUACACCAUCAUGGCAGGCAACCCUGAGGGCAGGGUGAGCUGCACCGGCAGGAUGAUGGUCCAGGCGGUGAACCAGCGGGGUCGCAGCCAGCGCUCCACACCUGGACACAUGCGCAGGCCCAGGUCCAGGUCUAGAGACAGCGGUGAUGAGAACGAUAACAUCCAAGAGCGUCACUUCCGCCCUCACUUCCUGCAGGCGCCCGGCGACCUCAUCGUGCAGGAGGGCCGUCUGUGCCGGAUGGACUGCAAGGUGAGCGGCUUGCCCACUCCUGACCUCAUCUGGCAGCUGAACGGACAGAUCAUCCGCCCCGACUCAGCUCACAAGAUGCUGGUGCGGGAAAACGGCGUGCACUCAUUGGUCAUCGAGCCCGUGACAAGCCGUGACGCAGGAAUCUACACCUGCAUCGCCAGCAACCGAGCCGGCCAGAACUCCUUUAACCUGGAACUCAUUGUUGCAGCCAAAGAGAUGCACAAGGCUCCCUCGUUUGUUGAGAAGCUGCAGAACACAAGCGUGGCGGAGGGUCAUCCCGUGAGACUGGAGUGUCGUGUCACAGGGGUCCCCUACCCACAAAUCUUCUGGAAAAGGGAGAACGAGUCAUUCACUCAUAACACCGACAGAGUCAGCAUGCACCAGGACAACUGUGGCUACCUUUGCAUGAUCAUCCAGCCAGCCAUGAAAGAAGAUGCCGGCUGGUACACCGUGUCAGCCAAGAAUGACGCCGGCAUCGUAUCCAGCACCGCACGCCUCGAUGUCCACGCUCAGUGGCAGCAGCCUAACCUCCCCAAGCCCAAGAAGGUGCGCCCUUCCACCAGCCGCUACGCUGCACUGACAGAGAGAGGUCUGGAUGUGAAGGCGGCUUUCUUCCCUGACUCCAGCCCGCUGCCGCCCGGCGGCCUGGUGGAGAGCGACGACCUGUAGAGGCUGCAAGGAGGUGCGAGGAUUACCACCUCACCUACAGAAACGACCCUCUAAAACUGCCCUUACUCCCAGCGCUCCUGAAACAGAUACUUUAUGACGGCGAGGAGGGGGCAGAACAUAACUUGGUCCACCUGAGGGACUCUGCAGAUACAGAACUAAAGGGCCGGUGGGCAGAGAGAGAGGUGGUGUUUUCAUGUUUUUAUAGUAUCACACAACCCAUGAUAUUACAGAAUCCAUCGAGUUUGCUUCAUUUUUUAUCAAACUGGACCUGGAAAGUGAUUGAAGUGUUUACCACGAGAAAAAGACUGUUCAUAAAUAUGCUCGCACACAUUUCAUGAACUGUACGGUUUCCUGUUUAAGUGCCUCUCCUGUAUGUAAAGAUAAAAGUUAAGUUGAAAAUGAAACAUAGAAUUAAUAUGCAUGUUCAAGUGGUGCCAUUUGCAAUACACAGACUAAUACUGCAUCUAGAAGUAGCACUCAACACCAACUGUGUGUAGACGGGGAAAAGGCGACUUUAAGAGACUGAAUGACUCAAAGCAUCGUAGCUUUGAUGAAGGAGGGAACGCAGAACACAAACUUUCAUCAUGUGUUGGCUUGUGUAGCACAAUACUGAUUUCUCCAGUAUCUGAUAGUAAUUAGAGUAUCACACAGUCUUGGUGUUGUCAUAGAUUAGCAUAUUACAGAUAUUGGACAAGGCCGGGCCUUACAAACACUAUGUUUAGUGGGGUUUUUUUGGCAAAAGGGGAAAAGGAUGUUUACACAUUAGCGAGAUGUGUUUGUGAGCGCAGCAGAAAUUUAGAAAGGUCGAAUCCAACAGAUGCAGAAUGAGACAGUAACGGAAAAAGCAGGUUUUUGUGACGGGGUGUCAACUUUAAUGUGGUAUGUGAAUAUGUGAUAGAGGGGGAUGUGAAGAAGUGAUCGUGGCAGCGGUGAAGACGAUGUUGAAAAAUGGGAUAUGUGACAAACUUUGGUGACGGCACGUCAUUUUGGUGAUUUUUGUUUUUCUCUUUCUUUGAUGGUUUAUUUUAGAGGUGUGUGAAUUGAAAUGUUGUCACUCAAGAGAGGGUGCUGUGAAAGGUUUCAGUGUAUUUGUCACACACGUCACAGAUUGUCCAGUUUAUUUUUGUAUUAAAAAAAAAGACUAUUUACUUUCCCAUCAAUCCUGACAUAACUUAUAUCAGCAACCUUUUUUUGUUUUUUUUUGUCAAGCGUUCACUGAUAAAACUCUCUUUUCUGUAUCAUGAAGUUUUAUAAAUAUAUUUACUGCCUUAAAUCACUUUUAGGCUUAAUGCAAACACAAUUUCUUUGCAUGUUAGUUUUGGACACUUGUACAAUGCCAAACAAUCUUUACCAGGAUGUAUAAAAACACAACUUUUUUUCUGGUAUUCAGGGGUAGCAAACACUUUAAGCCGAUGGACAGCGAAAAGCAAGAUAUAUUUAUAUCUACUAUUUUUGUCACCUCUGUAAUACUAUACAAAGUGGACAUCUUUUUCUGUGUCUGUCCAGAGCUUGCAUAAGCUGAUUGUUACUGUUACUGCGCAUUUCUAUGCCAAUCAAUGCCUGUAUAUGGAUUGUUCUCCUGAUAUUAUUUUAGGUUAUGAAAGUUAAUAAAAAUCAAACUCUUCA